ACAACAGGGAUCACUUUAGUCAGACUCAUCUCAGAGAGCAAGUCAUCUUGCAUCAUCCUGUAACCACGGCUACAAUCGGAUGGUUGCACGGCAUCUUCAUGAGAAAAAGCUUUAUCUGAGCUGCAAGUGUCACACAUCAGCUACAGAUUUACUCUUGACAAAAAAGAAAACGGUUAAACACAACACUGUCUCCUCCUCCUCUCAGUCAGAGGGUCUGCUCCGCACAGAUGGCUCAGAUGCUGAUUUACCCGGAGUGUUUUGUCAGGGGGGGAAAAAACAAAGAUGAGCAGAGAUGAAUCCCUCCUGUUCUAUUUGGCGAAGCACAAUCAUACUUCUCCUCAAUUUCUCCAUCCAGCGUCGCCCACUGCUCCCUGCUGGCUGCCUGCGCUUCAAGGAACUUGGCCACCUGACAGUGGAGCCAGCUCCUCUGUUCCUCAUAGGCUCGAACCUGACAGUGUACUGCCACGUUAAAAGCUGUCAUCACAGGUUUAAAAUAUCCCUGGAGCUGAAUGGUGAGACUGUGAAGGACUGGAAGGAAGUCAACUGCAGAACGGUGAUGUUCAGUCUGACCAAUGUCAGGACGCCACAAUCUAUAGUGCUCUGCAAGCUGAAAAGUCCAAAUCUGUCCAACAUCGUCAAUGGACUGGACCUGCAUGGCGGGCUCCCUCCAGAAAAACCUGAAAGCAUCACUUGUGAAACGACGAGGGCCUCAGGCGCCAUAGACUGCUCAUGGAAGAGCGGGCCGGAAACAUACCUCUCGAAGACCUACAAUGUUUCAGUCUAUGGAGAAAAUGGGACCCGGAUACAUUUAGAUCAGGUCCAGGAUGCUGAAAAAAUCGCGAUACCACGAGGCAUUGUAGAUAAAAACACUGUUUACCAGUUAGUCAUCACGGCUUUCAACCACUUUGGAGCAUCACAGUCGGAUCCAUUCAGCCUGUGUGUGCAGGAUAUAGUGAUACCAGAUACCCCCCACAUCGCACACAUUGAGUUUGUGAAUGGCCCCAUAGCAGCGGUGUUGCAGUGGACAACCAAUGAUUCCUCAGUGAAUCUCAUACCCCACGUCAGGCUCUGCACACCUAAUGGCCCCUGGGAAGAGAGAGAGGAAACAGAGCUCAGUAAGGGCUUGAUAAGAGUGGACGACUUGAGGCCUCUGACGGAAUACGAGUUCCAGAUCAGAACGUGUAACUCGUCAGCAGGCCUGAUGCCCGGGUCGACCUCCGGCAAAACGCGGUUCUGCAGCAAAUGGAGCCCGUCCGUGACGGGGACAAGCCCUGGGAUAGGUCCAUCUCAGCAGUUGCAUGUGUGGAGGAUGUUCAGCAGCCGGCGGAUGGUGAUCGUUUUUUGGAAGCCUCCACCGCCAGAGGACCACAGUGGCGAGGUGCAAGAAUACAAAAUCUUUCUGGCUAAUGAUCAGAAAGAGGAAGUGACCUGUCCUGCGACUUUGAGCCAGUGGUCCGUUCAUGUACCAGCAGAGGGUCAGGCAGUGAGCAUCAGUGCUGUCACCUCAUAUGGAUCUACUCCGCCAGCUGAUGUUCCACUCAGACACUCAGGUGUAUCCGGGCCUGUUCUGGGAGAGUUGGCUCCCGCAGCUAAUGGCAGUGCCGUGCUCGUCUCCUGGUCGUGGCCGGGGACCAAACAAUGGCCCACAUCUGGAGGAGAACCGCUGCACUAUGUGGUAGAGUGGAUGCGUGUACCUGGGACAGAGCUGCAGUGGCAAAUGCUGGACGAAAAACAAAACAGCACAUCCAUCACAGGUCUGACUGCAGGUGUGAGGUACAACAUCUCUGUGUAUGCUGUGACCACCGGAGGUGUCAGUGCUCCAUCAUCUGGUCUGGUGUACUCCAAAGAACAGAAGCCAGCGUCUGGUCCCAACUUGUCAGCGCUGGUUCAUGAGGCCGGGCGGAUGCUGAUCAUGUGGGACGAGCUGCCUGUGGACCAGCGGAGGGGCUUCAUCACGAACUACACCCUCUAUGUCCAGACACUGGAACACAGCAACACAGUCAGCAUGCGGGUGAUGUUGUCAGGCUCUGGCCCCAGACAGAUGUGGCUGGACUGUCCUGAAGGAGCUCUGGCUCUACGGCUGACUGCAUCCACCUCGGCGGGAGAAGGGCCGCAGGGCCGCAGGAUCACGUCUCAGCCUGCAGCCGCUGAAGCCGGCCUGGUGAUUGCUGUUGUUUUCAUCAUCACCCUCUUUGUUUCAAUCAUAGCCAACCUGAUGUGCUGGAGUUGUGUGAGAGAAAGGAUGAAACAAAUGUGUAUAUCUUGUGGACCUGGCUGUCUUGUUGAAAACUUACCAAAACCAGAAAACAGUAAUGCCAUCAGACUGCUGAAGCAGCAGGACAGAAGGGAGCCGCUCUUCUUGUCCACCGACAGUGACCCUCUGCUUUCGUCAAUCACUCUGAUCUCCUGGGAGGAGCGGGACGACGUGUAUCCCUCCAUUCACGUCGAAGUGUCUCAGCCUGGAUUAGGACAGCCCACACCAGAGACACCUGUACAAGCGUCAGAUACUGGGACAAUGCUUGUUGACAGGCAGUUGGAACAUGGCAGCUACAAACCUCAGAUUGCCAUGUUGGCCUCAAAAUGCGAGGAGGUGAAGGAGACUGAAGAGGAGCCCAGGGACAUACCGGCGAAUGGGGAGGAGGACAUAUUCUCAAGCGUAAUUGGGGGAUUCCUUGGAGGCCUGCAGACCAGUGUGGAAGUGGAUUUCUCUGAUUCGCCCCUCUCUCUCAGCUCAGUUGGUGGCCUUUUGUGGCCUAAAACUCCUGAAACAAUAGAUGUCUUGAGUAGAGGCUUCACAGUGGGGAUGAGGGCGACUGAAAGCGCGGUUCAAGCGGACUGUCCCUCUCUGGAGUUACACCAGGGUGACGUACCGACUCCUGACAUGGCAGACCGUUGCUUGUCCCAGAAUGCGGCUGGGCCAACACUGGCCGGCGGUUACUUCCCUCAGGUUGCAGCUGUCUGCAGCAUCACACUCUGUGACGCACAGAGGUAGCUGGGACAAUCUGCACUACUAGACUGACUUUCGAGAAAGUAUUAGCCAAGCACCACUUGACCAAGAGAUGAGCUCAGACUGACUUUGUGAGAUCAGAGGAAAAUAAUGCAAUAAUGCUAACCAUCUGUUAAAUGAACAAUUUAAUUCAUGAUAAACAUUUAAAAAAUUGGGUUUUAUUAAAGUGAGUAGCAAUUCACCAUUCAUCUUUUCCAAAGACACACUUAACUAAUGGUUUUGUGUUGAAGGCAAACUUCUCCCCCGACACAUUUAACUCAAAGCCCUUUUAUACGGAACAUUUGUGCAAAAAAAGUUAUAAUUGAUCUGGACUAGAAUUAUAACUGCACAUGAAAUUAAAUACAGGAACCAGACAGUGAGUCGCUACAUUACUGAUUACGGAUAGUGUCAACCUUCAAACAUAGGUUCCUGUCAGAGGAGGAUAUACUGCAGUCAAAUGGACUUUCCACAACCUGGCAACCAAAAUGAUCUUCUUAAAACUGGUUUAUAACUAAUAUAUUAUAUAUUCGCCAUAAGGAAAGUCAUAGUUGGAACUUCUUGUAUCACUGAAAGUAAAUACAUAAUUGUAAAUUUUAAAGUAUAAGUAAUCAUCAUGCACCUGCCAGGUCAAAACACCUGUCCUGUGUUAACUGCUGAAGGGGUUUCUCUGUUUCAAAUUGAGGGGCGUGACCUAUGUAUGUUUCUAAUAUUAAACGUUCUGUUUUGUUAGAGAGUAAAGUGACACAGUGUGAAAUUAUUCCAAAAACACACCAAGAUCAAAUUCAUUUGGGGAUUUCUCUGUUACAGUAAUCUGCUUCUGAGCCUCAAGUUCUACGCACACAAGCCCCAUCUGCCGUUAAACACGUUUCUUUAAGACUUCCUGAGAGUUGUCUCACUUCCUCACUGGCAGUCAACAUUUCAGUAGGGUCUCGCCUUUGCCAACACACUUGAGUUGUAAGAAAUCUCCAUUCGUCACAUAUUAAAAUAAUCACCUUGCAAAUGCUUUAUGUGCAACAGUGCAAUUAUUUAUUUAUUAAUACUGAACCUUGCAUUCUGCUUAAAUGUGGGGCCGCUACAGGGGAAAGUCCACCACUGCACCACGUGUGGAUAUGGUUGACGUAGAGAAAGAUUUUUGGGCUGUGUGGAAAAUAUGAUGAUGAAAAUUCAUCUGACAGGUUUGUUUUGUUAUUGUCGCCUAUAACUCCUCCUUAGAAAGGUGGUAUGAUCAAUAAAUCAGUCUGAAGAAUUAA